GCCUGCCACACGCCCCGGGCGCGCAUCUGGCUACUAUUCUCUUGUUCGCUCGAGCACUGUCGCCACUCACUUACAUACCACUACAUUGGCUCGGGGGUACAAGCGGUGAAGAACCUAACAUCGCGAAUCCGAGGCGCAAAUCAUUCAUUGACUUUGCAUCCACCAUCAACACACACGCACUACAAGACAAGCAACACAGCGCAGGCGCCGUCUUUUGCAUACAACAGUGCUGUAAGCAACCGGGUCGCGUAACCUCGUGAACGACAUAUCAAGAAAGAAUAUUGCCAGACGUAUACAGCGACACGUCGCACACCUACCAGCCCUAUGACGUACCGCGACCAUAAUGCCUAUGCAUACCCGCCCACCCGGCCACGGCCCCUCAUCGAGCAGAUACCAGACUAUCGCGAAGACCUCGAUGUAUCAGACGAGGAAGACGGAUUCUACCAACGCGAAGACGACUUCUUCCUCCCACCCAAGAUCCAGGUCGCCAUCCUCCGCACAACCGACCGCAUCCCCCGGAGAAUCAAGCGCCACUGCGCCGCAUACAUUUUCGUCUUUUUCCUGGCCAUUGCCAGUUGGUGGACAUACUUUGGCCCGCGUCGCGCCGCAUUUGUCCAGGAACUGCAUCUGAUGGACCACACGCCGACCAUGAGCUAUGGCAGCCAGGUGCGCCCCGAGUUCAAAGGCAUGAUCCAGGUCACGGACAUGGACGAGCAGCAUUUGCCCAAGGAGAACAAGCGCCUCAUCUUCAUCGGCGAUGUUCACGGCUGCCGCGCAGAGCUCGAGCAUCUCCUCAACAAGGUCGCCUUUGACCAGUCGCGCGACCACAUCGUCAUGACGGGCGACAUGAUCGCAAAGGGCCCGGACUCGGCUGGCGUCAUCAAACUCGCCCGCAAAUACGGCGCCUCAUGCGUACGCGGAAACUGGGAAGACAAACUGCUCCUCUCCAUCGCCGAAGCCCAAGACCGCCACGUCCUCGUCAUGCCCACCGCCGCCGACUCCGACGAGUCAAAACUCGAAUUCCUCGGCGCAGCCACCGCAUCCCAGGGCAACGCCAAGUUGCGCAAACUCGCAAAGCAAUUCUCCAAAAAGGAUAUCGACUACCUCCGCCAAUGCCCCGUUAUCCUCCGCGUCGGCACCGUACCCACCCUCGGUACCCUCGUCACCGUGCACGCAGGCCUCGUCCCAGACAUCCCGCUCGAGCACCAAGACCCCUUCCACGUCAUGAACAUGCGCAGCAUCGACCUCAAAACACGGAUUCCAUCGUCCAAGCACAAUGGUACUCCCUGGGAAAAAUUCUGGAACCAUCGCCAGCAGAAAAUGAAGGCGAAGGAGCGCACGACGGCGGUUUAUGGACAUAAUAGGAAGAAGGGGCUUAAUGUGCAUGAGUACUCGUACGGGCUGGAUACCGGGUGUGUUAGUGGGGGAAAGCUUACGGCGUUAGUGGUGGAUGGGGAGGGGAAAGCAGAGAUUGUGCAGGUUAAGUGUGGGGUUGAGGGAGGAUAUGGGAGUGAGUAGGAUGGUAAUGUUUUACAAGUUUUUUUUCCCGCAUUUAUGGCGUUUUUUUUGUUUGUCUGUUGUUGUACGAUAAUUUGGAUAGAUGAGUGGGGUGAGUUAUAUGGGCAUUUUUCACGCAAGCGAUGCAGGCCGACUUCAUUUGUUGGUGUUGAGUAAUUUUGGAUAGCAUAGGGUGUAGACUGUGUGUUGCUGUCAAGGCGAGAUAGAAAUAUAUUGCUCAGAAAUGUGACUUGUAGGUUAGAUAUAGUAAGGCAGUUGACAUAUUAAGAUACUACAAC